AUGUUGUGGUCAACUCGUGACGCUCAACACGAAAGACAGGCAACGCAACAUUUCGUAGCAGCAACGACAGUUGGCAGAUUCAAUGUUGCUGCCUUUGAUAAUGUUAGUUUUCAUUCAGAUUCAAUACCCGAUUGUCAUGUUUCUGACAUAUUAUCUCGACGACAAUCACUGCUAGAAGUUCAUCCACAACAAGUAUCAACAGUCGUUGAUAUUAUACCAGAGGAGCCAACGACCAAUGAUGCGCAACCAUCGGCAGUUCCGGAGAAAAGACGACAUAGUUGGCGGAUGACUUAUUAUUUUUAUAUUCAUGUAAGUUUUUUUAUUAUCAGUGGAUUAGUAUGUGGUUUAAUCGUUUGGCUUAUUGAAAAUCAUUCAUCUUCACGCAAUCUCCAAAUGGACGUAGCCUAUAUAGAUGCUUGGUUUGUUAGUAGUUCAUGCGUUUAUAGUUGUGGUUUAACAUCAUUAGAUUUUGCGAAACUUUCACAUGCAUCUCAGAUUGUUCUUAUGUUAUUUACAUUUAUAUCAGGUGUUACAAUUAGUACAUUGCCAGCAUUAGUUGUUAAAACUCAAACACAUAGAAACGUCGAAGGAAUAACGGUUGAUGAUGAUCAUGGUGUUUUAGAAGAUGGAGCUAACAAUGAACUACGUACAUUUAAUAUUCAGCGUGAGCCAAAUUUUCCAGAACAUAUGCGACAACGACUCAAAGCAUUGCCUACUGCAGCACAGCUUCGUUUCCGUGCUUAUAUAACAUGUAUUAUUCUCAUUCUCAGUACUUGUUUUGCGAUUUAUUCAAUAGGAUUCAUCGCUAUCGGCAGUUGGCUACAAGCAUGUUAUACACCUGAACAAUUAUUACAAGGAAAUUCUACUGUUAAUCCAUGGUAUAUUUCAUUUAUUUUUACUAUAACAGGUUUUAAUCAAAAUGGAUUAAGCCCUUUUUCGGAUGGUCUUUCACGUUUUGUUUAUGAUGUCUAUCUCAAUCUAUUUGUUAUGAUGGUAGUCAUGAGUGGGACGUCAUUUUUUCCGUUCAUAUUACGUAAUGUUGUUUUAUUGGCACGCCGUCUAUCUCCAUGGCAUCAUAAAGUUAUAUUUGAUUAUAUUCUUAUGAAUAAUCAUCGUUUAUCUACUUUACUUUUUCCUUCUGUACAAACACGUAUUUACUUGCUUGUAACAAUGCUAUUAUAUAUUUUAGGAGUUAGCAUUUCGCUUAUACUAGAUCUAAAGAGUGCCGCAUUCGCUGUUUAUUCUCCUGGUACACGUGUUCUCAUAUUUAUUUUUCAAACAGUAAAUACACGUUUUGCUGGCUUUCAAACAAUUGACCUCAAUUUAUUAGCAUCUGGUACGUUAUUGGUCUAUUUGUUAUUAAUGGCAACUAAACCACAAAUGCUAUGUGCUCUUGAUGAAUCCCCAUUUGAAUUAUCUUGGUUGGCAUUACAAGCAAAAGAGGAAGCUAAUGCUGAAACAAAUUCUAUAGUGAACGGGAAUAGUAAUUUAGGUUUAUCACUACGUAAUAACAAAUUAGAAUCGAUUCAAUCACUACCGCCAACUGGUGUUUUACCUGUGCAACAUGUGAAACAUUUUCUACGUCGACAAAGUUAUGUUACUAAAAAUCUUGCUCGAGAAGAAUUCACUAAGAAACUGCAAGACGAUGAUAAUAACUAUAAAUCUCGGCGUUUGCAAUAUUUGCGUGGUCGUUUAUUUCUUAUUUAUUUUGUCCGAUCUAUAAUACAGCACAUAGUUAGUUUUGUUAUUUUAACUCGUACUUGGUUAUUCUUUUUUAUAUUUCUUAUAUGUGCUAUUGAAUAUCAUAAAAUGGCCCCUAUCGAUCCAAAUAUAACAAUAUUUAAAGUAAUCUUUGAAAUUAUAUCAGCAUUUGGAACUGUUGGACUUUCACUUGGAUAUCCGAAUGUAGCAUCAAGUUUUUCUACUGUUCUUUCACCAGCAAGUAAAACGAUAAUUGUUGCAACGAUGUUAAUGGGUCGACAUCGCGGUCUACUUGCAUCAAUGAAAGAUCAAGAAGUUAUUGAACAUAGUGCUGAUGACUUACUUGAUCGACGACGUGAAGAGGUUAUGAAUGAAUAUCAACGAACACAAUUUUAUCGAAAUAUUCUACUAACAAUAAGACAAGAUGAAGCAAUUACAACCUUUUAA